CGAUGGCCAAUCAACCAAACUGGUUUGUCAAUACCGAGGGCUUGUGCCGGGGAAUAGCUUUCUGCAACGAACGGCUCUCCGAUGAGUGCUUCUCCUCGGUGUUGGAAUAUCUGUUUCGUACCAUCGAUAAUCCGACAAAAGACGCCACAGGGAGCCCGACGGACUCGGAUGCAGAAACUGAGAUGGAAAACCUCCGCAUAACAGCCCAGCUGAACGAACAGGAAUUCAAGCUGGCACUGCAAUCGAUGGCUUAUUUGGUAAAGCGAUCGCUCAAGUAUAUGCUAAAACCAUCCAGUUUACAGGUCGAUCUACGCAAUUACCUCCAGUUGAGCGAGAAUAAAUGUAACAGUUUUGUCAAGUAUUGGAUCCAAUCGACGAAGAUUGUGUUGGAUGCGCUGGAGGCGGACGAUGAUAAUGAGCAUGGGAAAUCCAACCAGUUGGAGGAUGUUUCCUGGAAGGUAAGAGCGCAGCUUUCAUCCGAACCACGUCAAAAGGAUAAGCUGGCGUUGGGCCAGUUGGAGCUGAAGACCGGUAGAAGGACUGUUAAUUUGGAACUGAACAGCGGAGAGAUUGUGGAGUUUUACAACCAGCUUGAACGGAUACAAGUGGAGCUGGAUUCGUUGAAUGCUAAGGCCUAGCUUUUAGACGAUGUUGAAUGGAAAUAAAUAAACCUUUUUAA